GUUGCACUGCGGUAAUAUGGCUCUUCCUUAGCCCGCGGCGGCGGCGGCGGCGGCGGCGGCGGCGGCGCCCGGAGGUGGGGUAGAGCAGUUCUGCCCCUCAGGUGGCGGGUGCUUGGGCUGCAGGGGUUUUGCAGGUUGUGGCUGAGCAAUAGUUGCGGAUGCCGGAGGAGCACUGGCCUUGCCGCUUGGCGGCCCCUGGGUCAAGAUGAGCGCCUUGGUGUCGAUCGGGGGCCCGGUUCCCCCGCCGCCCCCAGGCCCGGCCGCCGCGCUGCCUCCAGGUUCUGCAGCGCGGGCCCUGCAUGUGGAGCUGCCGUCUCAGCAGCGUCGUCUUAGACAUCUUCGGAACAUUGCUGCCCGGAACAUUGUGAAUAGAAAUGGCCAUCAACUCCUUGAUACCUACUUCACACUUCACCUGUGUAACACUGAAAAGGUACACAAAGAAUUUUAUAGAAGUGAAGUGAUUAAGAAUUCCUUGAAUCCAACGUGGCGGAGUCUGGAUUUUGGAAUAAUGCCGGACCGUCUUGAUACGUCUGUGUCCUGUUUCAUGGUGAAGAUAUGGGGUGGGAAGGAGGAUGCCUACCAGCUGCUGAUCGAGUGGAAAGUUUGCUUGGACGGACUCAAGUACUUGGGUCAGCAGAUUCAUGCCCGCAACCAAAAUGAAAUAAUUUUUGGGCUGAAUGAUGGCUACUAUGGUGCUCCAUCUGAACAUAAGGGUUAUUCAAGCGCUCAGAAGAAUGUGCUUCUUCAGGUGGAUCAGAACUGUGUGCGCAAUUCUUACGAUGUUUUCUCUUUGUUGCGGCUUCAUAGAGCCCAGUGUGCAAUUAAACAGACUCAGGUAACUGUUCAGAAAAUUGGAAAGGAAAUUGAAGAAAAACUAAGACUCACAUCUACAAGCAAUGAGCUGAAAAAAGAAAGUGAAUGCCUGCAAUUAAAAAUUUUGGUGCUUCGGAAUGAACUGGAAAGACAAAAGAAAGCUUUGGGACGGGAGGUGGCGUUACUGCAUAAGCAGCAAAUUGCACUGCAGGACAAAGGAAGUACAUUUUCAGCUGAGCACCUUAAGCUUCAACUCCAGAAGGAAUCCUUAAAUGAGUUGAGGAAGGACUGUACUGCAAAAAGAGAACUCUUUCUGAAGACUAAUGCUCAGUUGACAAUUCGCUGCAGGCAGUUACUGUCUGAACUUUCCUACAUUUACCCCAUUGAUUUGAAUGAACAUAAGGAUUAUUUUGUAUGUGGUGUCAAGUUGCCCAAUUCUGAGGACUUCCAAGCCAAAGAUGAUGGAAGCAUCGCCGUUGCCCUUGGUUACACCGCACAUUUGGUCUCCAUGAUUUCCUUUUUCCUGCAAGUGCCCCUCAGAUACCCUGUCAUUCACAAGGGGUCUAGGUCAACAAUCAAAGACAAUAUCAAUGACAAGCUGACAGAAAAGGAAAGAGAGUUUCCAUUAUACCCAAAAGGAGGGGAGAAGUUGCAAUUUGAUUACGGUGUCUAUCUUCUGAACAAAAACAUAGCACAGCUAAGAUAUCAACAUGGACUUGGGACUCCAGACUUGAGGCAAACGCUUCCUAACCUGAAAAACUUCAUGGAACAUGGACUACUGGUCAGGUGCGACAGACAUCACACCUCCAGUGCAAUCCCUGUCCCGAAGAGACAAAGCUCCAUAUUUGGGAGUGCAGAUGCAGGCUUCUCUGGGGGCAUCCCAUCACCGGACAAAGGACACCGAAAACGGGCCAGCUCAGAGAACGAGAGACUGCAGUACAGAACCCUUCCCCCCAGCUACAACUCAGCAUUGGCACAGCCUGUGCCCGCCAUCCCCUCCCUGGGAGAAUCCGAGAGAAAGACAACAUCCCUGUCCUCCUCCUUGGAUACCUCCUUGGACUUCUCCAAAGAAAACCAGAAAAAAGGAGUAGAUUUGGGUGACAGCUUAAAUGGAGGCCACAUGGGUGGAAAGACUAGCCAAGAACAAGGAGAAGCCCUCUCUGGGCAUCCAGCCACAGUAAAUGGCUCUCUCCUGCCCAGCGAGCAGGCCGGCUCUGCCAGUGUGCAGCUGCCGGGGGAAUUCCACCCAGUCUCGGAUGCUGAGCUCUGCUGUGCUGUGGAGCAAGCCGAAGAGAUCAUCGGGAUGGAAGCCACGGGGUUCACCUCGAGUGACCAGCUGGAGGCAUUUAACUGCAUCCCAGUGGACAGUGCUGUGGCGGUGGAGUGCGACGAACAAGUUCUGGGAGAAUUUGAAGAGUUCUCCCGAAGGAUCUAUGCACUGAAUGAAAACGUGUCCAGCUUCCGCCGGCCACGCAGGAGUUCUGACAAGUGAGGUGAGCAGGCAGACCGUAAGACCAGGACAGGGUCACUGCCUGAAAGGAAGAUAAAGCUGCACUGGUUACCCUUGGUAAUAAUUAUGGCAUAAAAUAAAUAUUAAUGGAGGAUAUUCCUCAGAAAAACAGACCUUGUGAAUCUAGGAGGGACUCGAGAUCAUGUGUAUCCAUGGGCCAGACAAGUUAGAUUUUGCUUGCAAGAUGUGCUUUUCAGGCCUGACGAUUGUUUUAAAGCAAAAGUCACUCUAGCUCGAGUCACCUUCGAGGUAUUUGUCUGCUUUUUUAUUUACACUUCUAUGUUAUCCUCAGAGGGAAGAUGAUAAUAUAUAAAUAAUAUAAUGAACUCAACUUUAGUUUCUCAAGCAUUUGCCCUCACUGCAGUUUAUAAGACUUUGGGAAAAGGGAAUAUUUAGGAAAAGGUUUCUACCAUUUACUGAAGGAUCUCUGGCCAUCCAUUCAGCUGAUGAAUAAGAAGCACAACAGUCUCCUGAGACCCAGGCCCCUGCCCCCAGUCCCCACCAGCAACCUGUAGCCCCCACUGUUGCCCCAUCUCACAGUGGGUGGGUCGUGCACCCUGAAACUCGAGGACGUCGGAUUCACUGGUUCUUUAAUGCAGUAGCUCUGACCUUCCACCUCUUUCAGUCAGCCACACCCUUGACGUCGCCCUCAAAUUACAUGAAAAAACCCUCACUUCUGGUGGAUCCCAGGGAACCCUCCAGGACCCCAAGGUUGCAAUAGUCAGAUGGCAUCCAAUGCCCUUUGAGGGCCCAAGUUUUCACAUGGGCACACGUUGGCAUCAAAACUAGGCAUGCUUUCUGGCAAUGCACUCACCAGACAAAACCCCUAUAUGUAAAUCUGUGUUAAUUUAAUUUAUUAAAUUUCAGUUGGAAAGGAAGACACUGUGUGUGAUGAAAUACCUGCAGAGUCGGGCUGUCUGGCGUGCAGAGUGCGCGGCAGCGGAGGCAGCUGAACUGAGACUGGAUGAGGCGUGGAGCGCUGUCGGGGGGUGUGCGAUUGCACACGUGUUAGUGUUCGAAGUCCGGUUGGCGUUCCUGAGCGCCAAUUUCAUUUGCUAUUGCUUUAUAUUUUAUAUGCCCAAGGACAUCGCCUCAGGGUUGCAAGCUCUUUAAGGAAAAUUUAUCCAUAUAUAUCUAUGUAUUGUAUAGAAGAAUAAAAAUUGUGUGUACUUCA